AUGGAUUGUAAUGCAGUAAUGAAAUUAACUGUUGGUGUUAUAGUUGCAGUGAACACCCCAAGACAUUUGAAGAAAAAACUUCUUGUUCUUGAUGUAAAAGGCUUGCUUGCGUGUAUAACUCAGUCCCCGCCUAAGAAUCUCAAGCCAGAUAAUUUCAUUAGACGUCAAGCAAUAUUGAAGAGGCCUUUUUAUGUUGAGUUUCUAAAGUUCUGCUUCGUGCACUUUGAAGUUGGUAUUUGGACCUCAAGAAACCAGAAAAAUACUGAGGAGGUCAUUGAAUAUUUGAUGCCAAAGAUGAAGAACAAGUUGCUUUUUUGCUGGGAUGGUUCCUAUUGUACUGCCACCCAUUUCAUGACCCUAGAAAAUGAAAAAAAGCCAGUGCUUUUUAAGGAUUUGAGAAAAAUUUGGGAGCGUUGUGAUCCUAAUCUUCCAUGGGAGAAAGGACACUACAAUGAAUCCAACACAUUACUGUUGGAUGAUUCUCCUUACAAAGCAUUACUUAAUCCUCCGCACAACUCGGUCUUUCCAUUUACAUUUGAUCCUUGCAAUAAAAAUGAUAAUGCACUAGCUAUUGGAGGUGAUCUGCGGGAAUAUCUACAUGGAUUGUCAAAUGCUGAAAAUGUUCCUAAGUAUGUAGAGCAACAUCCAUUUGGGCAAAUACCUAUUAAUCAUACACAUGUAUGUUGGGAAUUCUACCGCAAGAUUAUAACUAGUAUUGAUAAAAAUGUUGGUGGACAAUUGGCAUGA